AUGUUUUCGCGCAGCACCUUGAAAGCCGCUGCUCAGAGUAGCAGGCACUCUGCAUUUGCCUCAUCAAUCCUGUUCUCCGGCAAAGCUCCGCGCGUUAGCUUGCUUCCCGAUGGCCGAAGGUCCAUCUCCAUGUACGGCUACACACAAGCCAAAGCUCUGGUCUACUCGAAAUACGGCGAGCCAAAGGAUGUUCUCAGACUGCACAAGCACUCCAUCUCCGCCCCGCAUGGAACACAAGUGAACCUUCGCCUCCUCACAGCGCCAAUGAACCCGGCCGAUGUCAACCAGAUCCAAGGCCCGGCAGCCGUGGGCGGUAAUGAAGGCGCAUUCGAAGUGAUUUCCACAGGCGCGGGUGUCAAGAACCUCAGCAAAGGCGACUGGGUGAUUAUGAAACGGACUGGACAGGGCACUUGGCGAACACACGCACAGCUAGACGAGUCGCAGCUCAUUCGUAUUGAGGACAAGGAAGGUCUGACACCUCUGCAGGUUGGCACCGUCAGUGUUAACCCUGUUACUGCCUACCGCAUGAUCCGUGACUUCUGUCAAUGGGACAUGAUGCGGACGGGUGAGGAGUGGCUGAUUCAGAAUGGGGCUAACAGCGGUGUCGGUCGUGCUGCCAUCCAGCUAGGUCGCGAAUGGGGUAUCAAGACCUUGAAUGUCAUCCGUCAGCGCAAUUCUCCAGAAGAGACCGAUGCAAUGAAGCAAGAGCUCAAGGACCUCGGUGCCACUGCUGUUGUUACUGAAGAGGAGCUCCUGUCCGGCGGCUUCCGGGAUAUGGUCAAAGAAAUCACCCGCCAGGGUCGCGAGCCUAUUCGUCUGGCUCUGAACUGUGUCGGUGGAAAGAAUGCCACCGCGCUGGCUAAGACACUGGCGCCCGACUCACAUAUGGUCACCUACGGUGCUAUGUCAAAGCAGCCGGUCGCUUUGCCAUCGGGCUUGCUCAUCUUCAAGAACCUUGCCUUCGACGGUUUCUGGGUCAGUAGGUGGGGCGAUAAGAACCCUCAACUUAAAGAAAACACCAUCAAGGAUGUCUUACAGCUUACUCGGGCGGGCCGUUUCAAGGAUAUUCCUGUAGAUGAUGUCAAGUGGAAUUGGAACACAGAAGGCCCAGUGUUGGCUGAGAGCGUCCAAGGCACUCUCGGAGGAUUUCGCAGCGGCAAGGGUGUGUUUACAUUUACCGGCGGGGAUGAGUAG